AAGUUGAAAAGCCCUCACCUUUGUGAAGGUACCGGAAGCUUCAAAGACGGUGGGGGUCAAAGCGCACCAGCUGCAGGUUCUUGUGGACAGAAUGGACGAGAACUCAAAUGAUCCCUGGCAGGUGGGAGUGGACAGUGGUCGAGUCAAGUUGCUCAGUCCAGCUGGUUAUCUCUUUACAGGCAUUUACCUCACGGUUCUCGGCGUGCUGGCGGUACUCGGCAACGGACUGGUUUUCUGCGUGUUGGUGCGGAAGCGCACUCUCCGCCGGAAGCCCCACAACAUGUUGCUCAUCAGCAUGGCGGCAUCGGACCUCGUUAUCACCAUGUGCGGCUACCCAUUCACCACGCUGUCAAGCUACAAGAACCAGUAUCUUUUCGGCUGGUUCUACUGCAUCUUACAAGGCUUCAUCACGUCCUUGUGUGCCAUUGGAACAAUGAACACUCUUGUUGUAAUCAGUAUCUACAGAUACAUCACAGUAUGCAAACCGCAGUUGAAACACCUGUUGACAUUGGAACACACGUAUAAAGUGCUGCUCAUCGUCUGGUUAUACACUCUGUUCUGGACCGUCCCGCCUCUGAUGGGCUGGAACUCUUACACCAUCGAGCCUUUCGGAACCUCCUGCAGCAUGGACUGGAUAAGUGAAGACCCAUACGACAUAAUGUACAUCUACUGCGUCAUUGGCCUCUUCUACGUCGUCAACACCUUCAUCAUGGCCUUCUGCUACUCCAGCAUCGUUAAGAAGUCAAAAGAGCUUGGGAUGAUGAAGUCCGGUAGCUUCAAUGUUGAUGAAGCCAAGAAACACCAUAAGAUGAAGGUCGAAGUGAAGGUUACAGGAAUGUGUCUGUGUCUGGUCCUUGUGUAUUUCAUUGUGUGGUCCCCCUAUGCCUUGGUCAGCUUGUGGUCUGUGUACGACCGCAACAUCCCCAUCUGGGCCACGACAUUGCCGACGUUGUUCGCCAAGCUCGCCAGCAUGCUCAACCCGUUUGUCUAUGUCGCCACCAACACUUCUUUCAAGAAUGCUGCCAGAAGCUUUUUCUGUGAUAAGAAGAAUAGGGUCAGUUCUCUGGCAUAUAACUGCGUGAAGACGGCAAAGGGAUCGAAAGACGUCUACACCAUUGAUAAAACCAAAGAAGGCAUCUACAUUGGGAAGAAUGAGGUUCAUAUGCCAACCAAAGAUGCAACAUUCUUUUAGGAAACUGCAUAUUCAACUUGAUAGUAUGAAGCGCCUGAAUAGAUCAGCAUGACCUGGCAGUCACGUCACGGUGACGACAUCGUGGACAUGACGAACAAUUAUGUUAAACGAUGCGUGGUAGAGUGAGUGAGUGAGCUUAAUGCUGCUUUGUGAUCUAGAGUGAAUGAUUGAGUUUGGUGUCACACCGUUUUGAACAGUA